AGGAGGUGGAAGCCCAAGGGGGCGUGGCCGUGGCCAUGCACAUAAACCGCAGGCUAAAUAGAUAACUACAUUUCUGUUUUCUCUCUCCCUCUCUCUCUCCUUUUGACUUCUUAUUUAUGCACAACACUGUUGUCUAGUGUGCUGUACCAGUCCGUUCUUUUUAAGGUGGCAACUUCCAACGGAAAUGCAUAACAUUUUCCCAGAACAGCCAGAAUUCUCCUGCAAGGACAGAACACAGCACCAGCGCCUGCUCAAAGUGCUCGUCAUCGGUGACUUGGGAGUGGGCAAGACCUCAAUCAUCAAGCGCUACGUCCACCAGGUCUUCUCUCAGCAUUACCGGGCCACCAUUGGCGUGGACUUUGCUCUUAAAGUGCUCCAGUGGGACCACAAGACGGUGGUGCGGCUGCAGCUGUGGGACAUAGCCGGGCAGGAGAGAUAUGGCAACAUGACCCGUGUUUACUACAAAGAGGCCGUGGGCGCUCUUGUGGUCUUCGACAUGACUCGGCUCUCCACCUUCCAAGCCGUCCUCAAGUGGAAGGGAGACCUCGACUCCAAGGUUGCCUUGAGCAACGGGAAGCCAGUACCGACCGUCCUGUUGGCCAACAAGUGUGACCAGCGACGACUCGGUUUGUGCCCCAAACUUCCCAAACUGGAGAACUUCUCCCAGGAUUACGGUUUUGUGGACUGGUUUGAAACCUCGGCCAAGGGUCACGGGGGCAUGCUGGAGCCUAUCCUAGCUGGCUUCGGGCAACUGGCAGGGUACACCCUGGACCGGUCGCCAGCCAAUCGCAGGACAACAAUAGACAACCCUUCACACUCACAUUCAUACCUAUGGACAAUUUAGUGUUGCCAAUUAACCUAAGUUGCAUGUUUUUGGAAUGUGGGAGGAAACGGGAGUACCCGGAGAAAACCCACGCACACACGGGGAGAACAUGCAAACUCCACACAGAAAUGCCCAACGGAGAUUCAAACCGAGGUCUUCCCGAUCUCCAGGCUGUUACUGUGUUGGCCAACAAGUACAGAAAAACAAGGUGAGGGGUGUUUUUUUGGCACGUUACCAAUAAAAGGAGCUGGAUAAAGACAGCAUAAAAAGACAAAAGUUGUAGAUGAUAUUAGGGGCGUAUUUAGUCAUUUGAGGACCCAAGGCAAAUCCAGUCAUUAGGUCCCUCCACAUCCUUGUACUGCACUGACAAGUUUUUUUUUUCCAUUUUAAAUUGUUUUAUAUAUUUAUUAAUUAAUUUUAACAUUUUAAAAUAAUGUUUAUCAUCUAGAAAGUGAGAAUAUGAGAUUGAGAAAAUUCUAUUUCCAGAGCUAGAUAGUCAUUGAAAUCCUUCUGGGGGAUUAUGAUUACCCAACAAGUGAAUCAUCUCAACACGUACUGUAAUUGAUAAGAACAUUAAGCAACAUUUAGUAUAGUUUAGCGCUGUAAUUGCUACGCUUCACCUGAGCCGGGUUUUGGAGUCCAAAAAUGCGGAGGCGAAACAGUCUGUGUAACAAAAAUGUAUUACAACGAAAGGGGUGGAAAAAUACAAAAAUACAAAGUUCAACAGAAAUACUCCCGUACCUAGUCUCGGGGAAAAAUCCUAAGAAAUAAGGACACUGCAAGCACGGAACACAAGCAGGAAAAACUAGAACACAAAAAGCUGCACUGCUGAGAAAGCUGAGAAAAAAGGCUAACAGAAAUCGCUGCUGAACAAUCAAGGAGGAAAAUGGAGUAACUAAAGACACUCACCACUGCAGGAGAAUAAACCUGGCAGGGAAUACUGAGGUACAUGAGUAAACAAUCAAAGGACCAGAGUGCAGCAAAGCGAGAAACUAGUUGCUGGAAGGAGCAGGUAGCUGGCGAAGAGCUGGCAACAAUCUGGCACCGCUUGGAAGUCUGCUGACUGCAGCUUAAAACGGCAGCGGGUAAAUUGUCUGCAGGUGUGUCAAUAAACUCCUCCUGCAGACUCAGGGGUGUGCUGCAACAAAACAAAGCCAGAGGGCAGCAGAGCAGCACACAGAACACGACAGUAAUACAUCGUUGUGAUGAAAAGCUUCACUUCUAGAGCUACUGCAUUCUCCCUGGCUGACAUUGUCAGCAGUGCUGCUACCGUUGUGUUUGUUGCGUUUGUGAGAUAGGUUGACAUCAUCGGUAGUUUUGAUUAAAACUUUUUUCUUCUCAUCUUCUCCGCUCCACUGGAGUAACUCUGCUUCAUUUUUCUCCAAACCGCGCCAACAAGUAUGCAGUAACAUGAUAGUCCAUUCUAUGAGAAGAGAGGGGGGAGCGGUUGAAACAAUCAUAUUAUGCAUUUUGAUGUAGUUUUAAGCAUGUGAAUUAAGAUGAAAACACUAAUGUACUUUUAAUCAAAGAAAAACAAUCAAUAAUAACAUUUUUUAUGACAGUUUUGAAGGCCUCUGGAAAUCUCAGCGUCCUAGGCAAUUGCCUGUGUUUGCAUAAUGGCAAGUCCGCCCCUGGAUGAUAUAGAACAGUGGUCCCCAACCUUUUUUGACCCACGGACCGGCUGUAUAUCUACUGUAUGUGCCCUGUGACUGGCUCGUGACCAGGGUGUACCUCGCCAAAGUCAGCUGGCAUAGGCUCCAGCUCACCCACAACUCUAAUGUGGACAAGGUAUAGAAAACGAAUAAAUAUUUAUACACAUUUUUAAAAGUCUCAGGCUAGGGAUUGCAACCUAAAAUAAAGUGCAAAUGGAAAAGACAUUGAAGUACUGUCAAGAAUUCAAGGAGCACUGAGAGCAACUGCCGUGUUCCUGAUGAGCCGUGACUUGAGCUCAUGAAUCAGACUGAUCUUCAUCACCCUGCUGGAGUACUUGUUCCCCGCAUGCAUGAUCACAACAUUUUUGGCAAUGUGCUUUACUGGAUUUACGAGUCAAUGAGUGGGCUGCAGGGUGGCCUUGUGGUUAACAUGUUGUUGUUGUUCCUCUCACAUUCCAAAAAAAUGCAUGUUAGAUUAAUUGGCGACUCCAUAGGGAUGAAUGUGAGUGUGAAUGAUUAUUUGUCUAUAUGUGCCCUGCGAUUGGCUGGCGACCAGCAUACCCAUGCGUCCCUCGUGAGGACAAGCGGGAUAGAAAAUGAAUGAAUGAAUGCAUAUGAGUCAACACAGCUGUUAUUUUCUAAAUAGCUGGCAACACAAGGGAGUAGAAGGAUAAUUAGGUCUUGUCCGCUGCCAAGCGUCAAGGUCUGGGGCUGCACAAGUGCUGCUGGCAAUGAGGAGCUGUGGUUCAUUGAGGGGAAACAUGAAUUCCAUCAUGUACUGUGACAUUGUGAAGCAGAAAGUUAUUUUGAAUACACGUACCAGAGCACAACCCAUAGGGGACGCCACAAAUAUAAUUUACAGUCAGCCAUUGGGUGCUGUCCCUUUAUCCCUAGGACAACACUAAUAUCGAUGCAGCCAUGAUGUGUUUGGUGAAGAACAUCAUGGCCGCUGAGGAAGAGCGAGCAUCCAGGGGUGAGCUUGACGGCAGUGGCGUCCUGGUGCUUCCGCGGUUCGACUACCACGCCAAGGAGAGGGGACUGGUGGG